AUCAAGCGUGGCGCAGCGUGAAGACGCACAGCGUCGAUUGGCUGACCAAUAACAAAGUGGCUAAACAACAGCGUGCGUGAUAGGUUGGAGGGCGGCUGGUUUGGAGUUAGCCAAUGAGUUAGUGGGGAGGCUGGAGGUGGUGCCGGGGACGCAGUAGGUGAGGGGAGGACUGCGAGCUUUUCUAGAGGAUUGCAGGGUGGUUUGGCAAACCACUGCCCACAGCCCACAAGAGUAAAGGAACAGUUGUUGUUCUUUGCAUAUGGCAUAAAAAACCACUGUUGAACAAUGAGCGUGGAGCCUGAUGCGCUAGCAGUUGUCAACCAGCUGCGUGAUUUGGCGUCGGACCCCCUAAACCGCCGAGCUAUUGUACAGGAUCAAGGUUGCCUUCCCGGCCUUAUUUUAUUUCUCGAUCACCCCAACCCACAAGUGGUCUAUUCUGCAUUACUGGCGCUUCGCUAUUUAGCAGAAUGCCUCUCCAACAGAGAAAAGAUGCGAUGCGAGCUAGGCAUGAUGCUGAGCCUACAGAAUGUCAUUCAAAAAACUACAACACCAGGUGACACGCAACUUUUAGCCACUGAGGUUUAUGACCUUCUCCAGGGCACUAGCACAGGAGAUGGAGACUGUAUGAAUGAGAUGAAUUCAAGGAGGCGAAAAGCACAGUUUUUCCUGGGAGCUACUAAUAAACGUGCCAAAACUGUGGUUCUGCAUAUUGAUGGCCUAGAUGACACAUCUCGCAGGAGUCUAUGUGAAGAUGCUUUGCUGAAAAUCAAAGGAGUCAUUAGUUUUACAUUUCAAAUGGCAGUUCAGAGAUGUGUGGUUCGUAUUCGUUCCGACUUAAAGGCAGAGGCUUUGGCUUCAGCAAUAGCAUCCACCAAAGUUAUGAAAGCUCAGCAAGUUGUAAAGGGUGAAACCGGCGAGGAGCUGCUGGUGGCAUUUCAAGACUCUCCUGUGGAAGUAGAACAGAAUACAGAUUUACCAGACUACUUGCCCGAGGAUGAGAGCCCUAUGAAAGAACAAGAUAAAGCAGUGUCUCGAGUGGGGGCUCACCAGGAUGGUGCAAGCAAUUGGCUCAGCACCGCAGCAAACUUUUUAUCAAGGUCCUUCUAUUGGUGACCGAAAUUUGGAAGGAAAAGACUGCUCAGUGACUUGAAGACAGUUAUCCAUCUGCCUAAUGAACUUCAAAGAGCAACUUGCAAUAAGAUACCACCAGAAAAAAAAUAUUUUAAACCACGCAAACUCUGCUGUGUUUUCCUAUUCAUCAAAAGCCAAGCCUGUAAAGCAGCUUCAAGGACAAAGGGCACAGGAGAUGUUGCACCAUUUUAUUGCGUGUUGCCUCACUUUGUAAAUGGGUCCAUGGUUUGCUAUUACACUGUCCUGUCAUAAGCCAAAUAAUUGUGAUAGUAAACACGCGUUACUGUCUGACAGCCUUAAAGUCGGUGAUUCGUUUGAUACGCAGGAAAGUCCAUUUUCACCUCAAUUCUCAGGACGUAUAUUCUCAUUAAAUUAGCCGUGCAUGAACACCGUUAAGAUUUUUUUUGGCCUUAUUCUGUUAUCUCUACAUAAAUCGUUAUUGAUCUGGUAUAUGUGACUUUUUUUUUUUUUAAUUCUCAUGAGCAAUGCAAAUGAAAUUUUAUGUCACAAAAAGUGACCAGUUUCCUAAACUGAAAAAUGCUUCUGCCUACUUUAUUACUAAACAUGUAAAAUUAUACUUUACAUACCACUAAUGUGCCGUAACAAAGUACUUAUUAUUUAUAGACUGCAGUGAACAGAUAUGGUUAUAUCGUUUAGUGAUGAUGAGGCCUGCUUUAAGCACAUUGUUCCAAAUGCACAAAUAAAGAUAAUCUAGGAUUUGCAUCAAGGUUGUCUGGCCUGCAGAGCUCCAAAUGUUAAACUACAACUCCCAAAAUCGUGUGGGAUGAUGUUAAACAUUAGUUGGUUGGCUGUAGGCUGUAACUUCCUAUUGUAAAUACGUAUGUACCUUUUAAUCAUUUAACCAGUUGUGGAAAUAUGAUGCUUACAUAGAUUAAAAUAAUCCGUUAUUUAUUAUAUCAAAUUAUAUAUUGGCCAGAACUCAUAGAACUAAGUUUCUGUUAAACCGCUUCCUUGCUGCUCAAUACAGGUUCUGCUGUGUAAUCACUAAAUAAAAAUAUCUGUAAAGACAUCAGGGAGUCUAGUAGCCUAGUUUUAAGAAAAUGGCCAGAAAAUAGCCAAAAACACUUUUAAAAUAAAAUAAAUACUGAGGUUCCAUUUCUUGCUUUGCCAUGGUAAUGUUCACCAAAACCGCUAAUCACCUUUUUAUUAAUAAGGUGCUUUACUGGUGUCUUUGUGGCUAUAUAUCUAUGAAUAUAGGGAAAUUAUAAGUAAGCAUAUUUUAGGUCCUUGAGCAUGAAGCCCAUGUAGACCCACCAGUCACAACCAUGACCCAGCAUGGUGCUUAGUUGAUCUGCCUUUAACACAAUCUUACCAAUGUCUGCCAAGUUUAAUUGGGCCUCAAAAGGGGAGCCUUACAGAGACCCUUUGGGAGAGGACCGAAUUCAUGCACCAAUGUGACCUUUGCUUGACAAAUAUCUGGCUUAUUUUUGGACAGAUAUCCGGCAGGCAGGACAAUGGAAUGACCCCAUAAAUAGGCCAAUAAGAUGCUGACUCUGGAGUCAGCUGUAUUUAUCGACCCAUGUAUGAGAAAAUUGGCUGCUGAUUCUGUAAAGAAUGGCGAUUCAGAAGCCAAUAUCUACCUGUGUUUGGGCACCUUCAACUUAACUCUUUCCCAUAAGGCAGAUAGAUUGCAUCUGUAGAAAUCCCUGUUGUAAUGCAGUUUUAUUUCAUAAACCACUACAUUAUAGUUAUUUCUUCUCUUGGAACGUUUAUCGUUCCAACUAAGCCGAAGGUUCAACUGUUAUACAGAAGCAUGUCCUUAGUCGGGCUAUCCAACCUGCCUUGCAUACACUGGUUUUUAACUCGAACCUCUAGCAUCCAUCCCCAAAAGCUAAAGUGUCUGAUUAAAUUAAGCUGCUGUACUAUUUGCAACAUGAUUAUGUAUAUAUAGUAACACCAAAUGCAAUUUCAGAAUACUUAAAAAAUCCUUUAGUGUUAAAUAGCGGAAUACCUAUCCGUCCUUUGCGUUUCAGUCACUCUGCAAGCUGCUAAAACUCAUGAUUAUAUUUGCUUUCUGUCUGCUAUAGAGUACGGUUUUUAUAUGGCGCAAGGGCCAUUACUAUUGCAUCUGCUGUAGUAUAGGAUAUCCUUUAAUUCCUUGUGUUAAAUGAAUCCCAAAUUGAAAAAAAAAAAGUUUGUUUAGCUCAGUGUGAAAUGUCCUUCCUGCUACCCUCUUUGCAUUCCAUUGUAAUGGGGUGACCAUGGCGCAGGUCUUUUGCCCAAAGCUGCUGCUCUUAUCUAACAGGCAAUUGAUAUUGGCAUGUUCCAAGAGCAAUGCCGCUUAUCUGUCAGGCAGUACACAGGGGUCAUCCCCACCCCGUGAGCUAAACAAAGUUUUUAUAGAUAAACAAAUAACAUAUCCUGUGUUGAUUAUAAUUUGUCAGUCCAGGAUUUUAACCUGGAGUCAAGACCUGGAACAGAUUUUGCAAGUAUUAUUUGGUUGUGUUUGACUUGCAGCUUAUCUUAUUUACCACAUUUUGGUCACAUUGAGCACAUUUUUGUGUACUUACAUUUUUAUUAUGGCAGAAGAAUGGUUGGAUAGAUUAAGCCAGCGGAUCACUGAGAUGUAAAGAAGGCAGCUGUGCAUAUGAAUUACACUGUAUUUGAGGCAGCCUUAAAGUGCAAGUGUACAUAGAAAGCUACAGACUUGUGAAUAAUACCACAUCAUGGCAGGUGGAAUGAGGUUUGGGCAUUGUGAGGGGUGGUGUGUUUCUGUUUGGGUGUAAAGCAGACAAAAGGCAGCCUGUGGUUUUCUAGAUGUUGUUGCACUGCAACUCUAGUUCCCACAAUGCAGCCAGUGGACAUCUGGAUUGGCAUAUGUUGGCCAUGCUUGGUGUAGAGCCGCACUGACUGACAAUCAAUGGCACUGGAGUUCUAAUGUGCAAACAUGUUUCCUUAGGCCGUAGUAUGUCACAGGACAAUGGUGGAUAGCCAGUGCCGGACUAAAACUCUCAGCCACUCUGCUUUUAUAUUAGCAAAUGCUGCUAAGGCAACAGCUGGGACAAGGGACACUGGCAGUUGUUGCUGACAAACAGUGUGUAGAUUUUUUUAAAUGGUUGUGUUGAGAUAAUGAAUAUGCACAUGAGUUGUAUCUUUAGGGCCCUUACACAUGGAUGUGUUUGAUGUGCAUUUCAGGUUCAGAUGUACAUAAAAGUGCUUUACUGGUUCUAGUUCUACACUCCAGCCCUUACAUCUGCAUUUUAGUACAGUCUCUUUCCAUUGAUUGUUUAAAACAAAACAUAAUGCAUUUGAUAUGCUUUUAGCACAUUCAUAAUGUAAUAGUUGAAGACAUGUUGCACAAAAUUGCAUGUGCAGAAAAAUAAACAACCUGUGUUUUGGCACAUUGGGUAUGCAUUGCAGUAGCCACACAUUCAAACCUCUGUGUGUAAAGGCCCUCGGCUUUACAAAGUAAGGAAAUGUUCCUUUAAGCCAAGUGGCGGUUCCUUUGGAAAGCGUGCCUAUUUACCUACCUUUGAUUUGCUCUGGAAAAGCCGUUCAGUUUGCUGUCUGACUUUGCACUGCCGUUUAAUAUACAUAAUGGUAACUUGUUAUUUUGUGCAUAUUGAUCGUGAAUAAAGGUUUUGUUCUAUAAUGAA